AUGCUCAGGCUGGCAGAGAAGAUGGACCCCCUCCCCACAAAGCAAGUGGCCAGCUCAUUGGAUUGCAAGGCAGAACCACCCCACGAGGCCAUCCAUGGCGGCUCCCCCGCCUCACCUCACCUCCGGCCCGGCUCUCCUCGACGGCGCGAACCCAGAAAGUCACCGGCCGGCAGCAGCAGCAGCCCCUCCCUCGGGGCGGCCAUCCGCGCUGGCAGCAGCAGCAGCAGCAGCAGCAGCACCCAGGCGCCGCCGAGCUCGCGGCCAGCCCGGACAGCGGCCCGUCCAGAGCCCUCCGCGGCUGCCGCCCCUCCUCCCGCCACAAGGGAAACUUCGCGGCCUCCGAGCUGCUGCUGCUGCCCAGCGCGGUCGGGCCGGCAGGCAGUGGGUGCUGCUUGCUGCGCCCCGGCCCACUUGUUCCAACUGGUGUUACCUGGCGGGCGGCGCACCUGCCCCCCUGCUCGGCUGCGGCCGGCAGCAGCGGGGCGGGCCUCAUCCCCCGGCGGCGAGCCAGCCGACACGUCGAGCGGGCGGGCCGAGUCCACGAGUCACGCGCGGCAGCUGCCGGCGAGGAGGGGGGCCAGGAGGCGGCCGGCCGCCACCUGCGCGAGGGCCGAAGAGCUCUGCUCUGCAAAGGCGCCGGCCGGGGUCGGGGGGCAGCGCCCUCUGCCAGGCGGGUGGAGGCGGCGGCGGGGCCGCGAGGGCGCUCCCCCGGCCCCACAUGCUUGCUUGCCCGCCCGGCGGCGGAUGGAAGGCAGCGCGCGCAGCCCCACUGACUCUGCGCCCACACGGGCCGACGACGGACACACCCCUUUGCUCCCAGCCCCGUCGUGCAGCCUGAGGCGGCCGCCCCCCGCCCCCAACCCGGGUCCGGUACUCCACACAACAAAAGAACCACCAUGAUCUGGAAAAGACAAAGCAGCAAACCCCAAACGCUUGUGUAUUUUGCUGGACUGCAACUAAUUAGGAAGCAACAGUGUCCACAGGAAUAAAUACACUUCAAACAUCCAA